AUGGCCGACGUGCGAUCGCUACUUCGGAAUGAGCUGGCUUCGCGCAAGGGCACGUCCCAGCCCAACACCACCGGGAAUCGCGUCACCAAAAAGCGCAAGGUAGACAGUGGCGAUGGGGUAGUGCGGAAGAAGCUACGGGGGACUGAUUUGGACACCCUACAAGCUUCGUCGAACGAGCCGAUUAUCAAUCAAUCCAGUCCCCAAGAUGAAGGGGUCGAGGUCGCUGGCGCAGACUUCCCGGAGGAAGAUGACCAGGAAGCUGUUGAACCGACUGCAGAACCCUCGCAAGGCGCUUCAUUAGUCCCAGAUCCACCACAACAGGCUCCUGUGACCGUGGACGAAGAUGAGUGGGCCUCGUUUGAACGCGAAGUGGCUGCGCCGUCUCGUCUCUCUCAUGCACCAGCAGCUGUCGCCGCCGAAGCCACGAUAUCGGCGGCGCCAGUAUCUGCCGAAGAAAUUGCGGCACAGCAGGAAACAGAGAAGGCGUCGACAGCCCGGGCACGGGAAGCGGAGUUAGAAGGGGAACGCGAAGACGCUGCACGAUUCAUGGAAGAUGAGUUCGACGAGAUGGAUCAGUUGGAGGAGCGAGUCCGAAGACUCAAACAAAAACGAGAAGAACUGCGAAACAAGCGUGCCGAGGAGCGGAGUCAAACCCUUGUGGCAUCUGGUGGACCGGGAGUGGGAGAGCAACAGGCUGCGGCUGAAAGCGACAGUGACGAGGACGAAGACGAGGAAUGGGAUGACUGGAGAUUCAAAUGA